AUGUCUGUUAGCGAAAACCCACUCGUCGCGCAAUCGACUCAGCUCAACACGCUGCAAAAGUUUGAGCUUACCGGAAAGACGGCAAUUGUCACUGGUGGUGCCAGGGGUCUUGGAUUCGAGAUGACGCGCGCAUUCUGCGAAGCUGGGUGUACUUCAGUUGGUAUCUUCGAUAUUCUCUCAGAGUGGGGUGACUCUGCUGUCAAGGAAUUACACUCUUCUUUCCCAAAUGUCAGCGCAUCUUUCUACCAAUUAGACGUUAGAGACGAAAAGGCCGUCAUAAGCGCCGUUGAUGGUGUUGUUAGAGACUACGGCGGUGUUGACAUUCUUCUCACUUCAGCUGGUGUUGCUGACAACAUUGCUGCUGAGGACUACCCAGCUGACCGUUUCAGACGCGUUAUGGACAUUAACUUGAAUGGUACAUUCUUCGUGGCUCAGGCUAUCGCCAACAUACAAAUCCAAAACAAGAGACCAUGCUCAAUGGUAUUCAUUGGAUCAAUGUCAGGCAACAUAGUCAACUACCCACAACCACAAUGUGCAUACAAUGCAUCUAAAGCAGCAGUUAUUCACCUUGCCAAGUCACUUGCAUGUGAAUGGGCACCACACAACAUUCGCGUAAACACCAUCUCUCCAGGAUAUAUGAACACUGCGAUUACAGACAAAUUUGAUCCAAACCUUAAGAAGACAUGGUACGAGAGAACACCAAUGGGUAGAAUGGGACACGUUACAGAUCUCAACGGAGCAGCAGUCUGGCUUCUCUCGCCAGCAUCGAACUUUGUAACAGGAACGGACGUACUCGUUGACGGUGGUUACUGUGCUUUGUAA